AUGAAUCCAACGAGUUUGUCAAUAUUUCGCGGAAUUUGUUUAGUUGGUCUCAUCUCACUUCUACAUUGUGCCUAUUCAGCUGCACAGCAUCGUUUUUAUUUACGACUAACGGAACAACCAUUCACGCAACUACCUCUUGAUAUUAUCGUACAAACAAUUGUGAGCUUAAUUGCUUUCCUUUAUAGUGCUACCUGUAUUGCUGGAGAAUUUCAACCAGUUCGUUCUGAUUUACAGAAUCGUACAAAAUCUUGGGACACAGUUGGAAACUGUCCGUCAUUUUAUACGUUUGAUCAUCGUGCCAGAACUCUUUCACCAUCAUACAGCGAUUCAUGCCAGCAAUACUUCGAUUCUUCACCGAUAAGAAUUACUUCAUCCGAGCAAAAAACGAUAUCAUUUUCAACCGCUCUAUGUAGAACUAUUGGAAAUGAUUUAUCCGAAAAGUCUUCAAUAAAAAACAAAAACCCAUCGCAACGAAAUCCUCAGUUAAAACCUCCUUCCAAAAAGGCAAUAAACGAAGCCCUUCAUCAAUGUUUACAAAUAACUCGUGAGCGAGAUUAUACAAAUUAUGUUGCUGGUUUAGUAAUGCCAUCGGAAAUUCAACCUGCUUUGUUUACCCUAUUGGCUUUCAAUGUAGAAUUAGCCAUUGUUCGAGAUCAAGUUGUUCGUAAUUCGGGAGUUUCCGGAAUAUAUCGUUUGCAGUUCUGGAAAGAUGCAUUAGAUGUUUUAUAUGGUCAAGCAAAAGGACCACUACCUCGGCAACCGGUUGCGGUAGCUUUAAGUCUUUUUGGACAUCAUUUUGAUGAACAUUUACUGAGAAAUUUAAUUACUGCUCGGCAAAGAACAUUGGGUGAUCGUCCGUUUGAGUCUCUUAACGAUGUCAAAAAAUAUGGCAUUGAAACGACAGGCUCCGUAACUCAAUUGAUAAUGCAUCUACUUUCCGGUUCUCAUGAUGCUAAUGAGAAACCGCUUUCUGAAGAAGCAAUUCAAGCAGUCGAAUCAAUGUCACGUGCUAUUUCAAUUAUCACUUUAAUCAGAUCGACCAUGCCGUUAUUGUCAAGAGGGAUCUUUUUACUUCCCAAUGAUCUAAUGGAGAAAUAUCAGUUAAAUGCAGAUGACAUAUUGGGAAAUAAAAAGCAAAAUGCAAUACGUGAUUUAGUCAAGGAGCUUACUAAUAUAGCAGAGGAAGAACUUCUGAAAAGUCGACAAUAUCGUAAAAGCAUCAAACCAAAUUUACGACUAGCACUUAUGGCAAGUGGUGUAACGUUGGAUCAUUUAGUGAAAACGCUUCAUGAAAGCAACUAUAAUUUGCUGAAUGCACGACUUCAACGUGGAUACGAUCUUCUCGCAUGGCGUUUUUGGUGGCGCAAAUUUGUUGGUCAUUACUGA